UUCAACAGCUGGGACUUUCUCUGUCACUAUAAGUCACUUGGAUUAUCAAAGUCAUCGGUUCAAGGAGACGCCUCAGUUGGGGGCCAUGUCAGCUACUCCUCGUUCCUCUGUGUUUACCUUCGAGUCAACGGUGCACUCCUGCCAAGUGCUGCGCCGCCUGGAUGAGCAGCGUCGCUCUGACGUGCUGUGUGAUGUGACGGUGUUGGUGGAGGGUCACAGUUUCAGGGCCCACCGCUCGGUGCUGGCCUCCUGUGGAGACUACUUUGCUCUGAGGAUCUCCUCCCUCUCACAGCACGGGGCAGUGAUUACGUUACCUGCGGAGGUGUCGGCUGCUGGUUUUGAACCGCUGCUGAAGUUUGCCUACACUUCCAAACUCCUCUUUGACAAAGACAGUGUCUUGGAAAUACGUAAUGCGGCGUCCACACUUGGUUUCAGAGACCUGGACGAGGCCUGUUUUGACUUCUUGCUCCCGAGGUUCUUUUCCAACGACACGGACUCUGUGCCAGUUCCUAGAAAGACCUGCUGUAAGAAGAAACAGUCCAAGGCAGACAACUCCACGGAGUCUGAUGCAGCAGUGUUGGACGUGUCAGGAGAAAAACCAGUUGCUGACUCACCGAUUCGGGGCGCGACAAUCAGAGAGUCAGUUACCACCAAAAUGGGAAGUCUGAAGAGCUCGGGUGUGUUUGCACCUGCAGCUGAGGGAGGAAAUGAUAAUUUCAAGCAAUGUCCAAAGUACCGUAAGUUCCAGUUAGCAUGUGGGAAGGAUGGUUGCGUCACGGAGAAACAUCUGGCCACAGGAGACAGGAAUGAAUGUCAGAACGUCAGUAAAAAUAGCAGUUAUUUUUACUGUGACGAGCCGUGGAAUUCUGAACAAAGUGUGAAGAACAGGGAAGAUGCUGCGGGCACUGGAGACGUUUCUGUCCUCAGGGAAGAACAGGAAGACUCAGAGCAGAGCCAUGUGAAUAAAAUUAAAACAGAGCCCUCAGCAGAAGAAGACCCAGUGGUGGGUCACAGGUCAUCCAGGUUAAUAUUACACCACUGCCCCCUGAGGACCCUGACCACUGAGUCCCUGGGGCAAGACUGUCUUUUAACAGAUCUUGAAGAUGGGACCAAGUCACAGCAAGAGUCCGAGGCACAGUCGGAGAACAUGUUACACAGCGGUCGAGAAGACAGAGGACGAGCUGGACGAAAAAUGAACCAAGAGACAGAGUCGGUGUAUGAUGCUGGAGAUGCAGCAUCUGAGAUAAAUGUCCAAGACCGAGUCCUGGACAGAUCUUCUCAAGCUGCAUGUGGACAGAUACAGUCUGUGGAGAUGAAGCUUCAAGUCAACGGAGGUGAAGGUGGUGGAGGAGGUGGAGGUGGAGGAUGUCCUUUCCUUCAAGAUUUGGACCAAAGCAGAUGUUUAUGGAAGGUGACAGGCGUCUCUGAGAGUGAGGCAGCGUCUCACUCAGGGGUUUCAUCCCUGAACUCAGGAGACGACGGAGAAUCAGAGACGGAAACUGAAGGAGACAGUGAGUCCAACGCCAGAGAGAGAGCCAAGCAGAUUCACUUGCCAUUCUCUGUGGAGUGGAUCAUGGACCUGAGCAGGAACGACUUCCAGCAGCUUCUGAAGCAGACGGACUUGACCCAGGAGCAGCUCGACUUUGUCCACGGCAUGAGGCGACGCAGCAAGAACCGACUGGCUGCUCGGCGCUGCCGCAAGAGGAAACUGGAGUGCAUUUACAACCUGCAGUGUGAAAUCAACAAACUGAAGUCCGAGAGGGAGAAGCUGGUGAUGGAGAAGAGCCACCUGGACCAGCUGAAGCAGAAGACCAGUCACAGCGUCGCCACCUUGUGUCAGAGGGUCUGCAUCGAGGCCAACCUGCAGCCGGAGCAACUUCAGGUACUGGCUAAGUACUCAAGCUCAGAGUGUCCCCUGUCCUCCUUCUUCCCUCACUUGGACGCCCUCCUGUCACAGCCCUCGUCUUCACUGUCUUUGUCCAACACCAGUUCAGAAGAGAGUCCUCACUCAGUGUAGAUGAGACAGACUGAAGACACUCAUGUUGGACAAAGGAGAAUUUAAAACUGAAAGCUCCUGACUUGUGCUGUUUAAUAUCGCCUGUAGCGCCCCCAAAGGGUGGCAUAUAAUAAUUGCUAAUUAUUAAUAAUUGCUGAUAAUUGCUGGUCACCCAUGUGCUUUGUCUUUAUAAUGAGGAGGAGUAUAGCUGAGAAUAGCUGAAAAAAUAUUUCAUGUUUGUGUACAUUUGUAAUCAAACUCUGGGAAAGACCGCAAACCUUAUGAUGUACAUGCACAUUUGGUUAGCUGGUUAGCUUUUGGCUAGCUUCCAGGCUAUCUUUUUAGAGAUUUCUAUUAGCAGUAACUAUGUUUACAUUUUUCAAGGUUUCGCUAAUUUGCAGUUUUGAAUAUUUUAGCUAGUUGAUGUCACUGUCCCGUGUUCUGGUUAGUUUCCUUCGAGUUAUUUUACCUAAUUGUAUAUAAUUGUAUCUGUCC